AUGCCGCCGAUCCAGCCAGAAAACUUCAAGCAGCAAAAGGCGGUUUUUGAGGCCGAGCAGAUGCAGUAUACUGAGCGGAAUGAUAAGACGAUCGAUGUACAAAAAGAGACUUGUGAGACCGGGCAAACUGCCAAUAAAUCAGGGCAAGAAUGCCAGUCUCCAUCUGCCAAUGACGCCUUAUUACACAGAGAUUUCCAAGCCAUCAACGGCCUGAUAGAAGAUUGGACAAACGAAGGCGAACUGGUGGCAUCGCAGAAGUCACCUCCUGGUCCCAUCGGUCGCUUUCUGCUCAGUACAGGCGAUCCUGAGGAACGCCCGAGCUCUUUCGGCCCUUGUACAACGCAGUCAUACUUUGAUAUGGCACUUCCGGUAAAUUCUGCAGUCUCGUUGUACAUAAGCAUUCACGAUUAA